AUGGAGGCGGCGGGAGGCGGCGGGACCCCCGCACCGGCACCGGGACCCGGCCGGGCCCGCCCGGCACCGCCCCAGCCCCAGCCCCCCGCGCAGACACAGCCCAAGGGCCGCGAGCUCUUCAGGACCCAGCGCAAGGAGUCCGAGGGCUCCGUGGACUGUCCCAACCUGGAGUUCGAGUACGGGGAUGCCGACGGGCACGGCGCCGAGCUGGCAGAGCUCUACAGCUACACCGAGGAGCCCGAGCUGAGCCACAACAGGAGAUGCUUCGAGGAGGAUUUCCACGCUCAAGUGCCAGGCAGGAGGUGGCUGGAGCUGGACGGGGCCCAGCAGAAGGCCUUUGUCAUGCGCCUGCUGGACGGGCUGGAGGUGGUCAACAGGGACAGGAGGCUCCGGGUGGCCCGGGCCAUCCUCUACCUGGCACAGGGUGUGUUUGGGGACUGUGAUAACGAGGGCGAUGUCCUGCACUGGUCUCGGCACAACAGCUUCCUCCUGUACCGCCUGGGCACCUUCUCCGCCUUCCUGGAGCUGCUCAACAUGGAGAUCGAGAACAGCCAGGCCUGCAGCAGCGCCCUGCGGAAACCGGCCAUCUCCCUGGCCGACAGCACGGAGCUCAGGGUCCUGCUCAGUGUCAUGUACCUGAUGGUGGAGAACAUCCGUGUGGAGCAGGAGGCGGAUCCGCCCGAGUGGAAAACCUGCCGGGAGACCUUCAGGAUGGAGCUGAGUUUCCCUGUGCACACGGAGGAGCCGUUUGCUCUCCUGCUCUUCACGAUGGUGACCAAGUUCUGCAGCGGCCACGCUCCACACUUCCCCAUGAAGAAGGUCCUGCUCCUGCUCUGGAAGGUGCUCCUGUUCACGCUGGGCGGGUUCGAGGCCCUGCAGGCCAUGAAGGUGCGGCGGCGGGAGGAGCUGGGGCUGCCCCCCCUGCCCGAGGACAGCAUCCAGGUGGUCCGGAGCAUGAGGGCGGCCUCUCCUCCCACCUACUCCAUCGAGCUCGUGGAGCAGCAGCAGCAGCAGAAGCGGGGCCACCGCAGCCGCAGGCCCCUGGUGAAGCAGGACAGCUUGGACAUCUACAACGAGAGAGACCCCUUCAAGAACGACGAGGCAGGAGUGGAGGAGGAGGAGAACGACGACGUGGACAGCGGGAUCGAGGGGGAGCUGGACCUGAUGGAGCGGGACACGAUCGUCCCCCCCCUGCCCCCGCAGCGCCUGCCCAUCGAGAGGGUGUCCUUCCCCAAGGGGCUGCCCUGGGCCCCCAAAGUCAGGCAGAAGGACAUUGAGCAUUUCCUGGAAGCAAGCAGGAACAAAUUCAUCGGAUUCACGCUGGGACAGGACACCGAGACCCUGAUCGGGCUCCCACGGCCCAUCCAUGAAAGUGUGAAGACCCUGAAGCAGCACAAGUACGUCUCCAUCUCAGAUGUCCAGAUCAAGAAUGAGGAGGAGCUGGAGAAGUGCCCCAUGUCUCUGGGGGAAGAGGAAGUCCAAGAAACCCCCUGUGAGGUCCUGUAUCGAGCCAUGUUGUACAACCUCCCCCAGUACAUGAUAGCCCUGCUGAAGAUCCUCCUGGCUGCUGCCCCCACCUCCAAAGCCAAGACUGACUCCAUCAACAUCCUGGCGGACGUGCUGCCCGAGGAGAUGCCUGUCACCGUCCUGCAGAGCAUGAAGCUGGGCAUCGACGUGAACAGGCACAAGGAGAUCAUCGUCAAGAGCAUCUCGGCCUCGCUGCUGCUGCUCCUCAAGCACUUCAAGCUCAACCACAUCUACCAGUUCGAGUACGUGUCCCAGCACCUGGUGUUUGCCAACUGCAUCCCUCUGAUCCUGAAGUUCUUCAACCAGAACAUCAUGUCCUACAUCACUGCCAAGAACGGGGUCUCCGUCCUGGAUUAUCCUCAUUGCACGGUCCAUGACCUGCCCGAGCUCACGGCAGAAAGCCUGGAAGCUGGAGACAACAACCAGUUCUGCUGGAGGAACCUGUUCUCCUGCAUCAACCUGCUGAGGAUCCUCAACAAACUGACCAAGUGGAAACACUCGAGGACAAUGAUGCUGGUGGUGUUCAAGUCGGCGCCGAUCCUGAAGCGGGCGCUGAAGGUGAAGCAGGCCAUGCUGCAGCUCUACGUGCUCAAGCUGCUAAAGAUCCAGACCAAGUACCUGGGGCGCCAGUGGAGGAAGAGCAACAUGAAGACCAUGUCAGCCAUCUACCAGAAGGUGCGGCACCGCAUGAACGACGACUGGGCCUACGGCAACGACAUCGACGCCAGGCCGUGGGACUUCCAGGCCGAGGAGUGCACCCUGCGGGCCAACAUCGAGGCCUUCAACAGCCGCCGCUACGAGCGGGCGCGGCCCCCCGAGUUCGCCCCGGUGGACAACUGCCUGCAGAGCGUGCUGGGCCAGCGCCUCGACCUGCCCCGGGACUUCCACUACUCCUACGAGCUCUGGCUGGAGCGGGAGGUGUUUUCUCAGCCCAUUCGCUGGGAGGAGCUGCUGCACUGCCAGUGACGCGGGGCCAGGCCUCACCAGGCCUCACCAGGCCUCGCCAGGCCUCAUGGGGCCGUGGGCACGGGAGAGGAGGUUGAUUUGGACCAGGGGGGUCUCAAGUGCUCUUUCCCAAGAGACCAAACCUCUUCUUGUCUGCCCAGACACUGCCAAGGUGCCCUCUUUCUGGAGGCCACCCCUUUGCUGUGACUUCUUGGAGCACCAACAGCUCCUGCGCGGAGGCCACAGAGCGGCCCCCGCGCUGAGGGGUUGUUGUGGCCUGUUGUUUGUCCCAGUUUUCCCGUUUUUUUGGGGUUUAGGAGUCCAUAAUAAGCUCACUUACGUGGUCUUAGCCACAGCCCGAGGGCUGUCCCUCAGCUGGGGUCACGCCUGUUGGUUUGGUGUCGCUGUUCCCGGCUGGGAAAGGUUUCCAUCUCUGAAAUUCCUCCUGGCUGGGAAAGGUUCCCGUCUCUCCCGAAUUCCUCCUGGCUGGGAAAGGUUCCCGUCUCUCCCAAAUUCCCCCUGGCCGGGAAAGGUUCCAUCUCCCAGAUUCCUUCUGGCCGGGAAAGGUUCCCGUCUCUCCCAAAUUCCCCCUGGCUGGGAAAGGUUCCCAU